UGGGAGUACAAGGCGAUGUUGAAAAGUCAUCAUACUAGCCCGUUAGCUCUACAUUGACUAGUAAUUACAUUCAUAGGUCGUCCCAUCACGUUUACUUCUUGGUAGAAUACGAUUGGUCGCCAUGCAGCCUGUUACAAUAGUGGAAAAUAAUCCUCAGCGGGAGGGCUAUGCCGAGAACUAUAACGUAGGGGGUGCCACGUGUGCCUCUGUGAUGAUAUUGCUAUACGCCAUUGGGCUGGCGGUGUGUGGAGGUGUUGGAUACAUCGCAGGUGCGAUACCCAUAUCUACCAUAUUAUACGAUCAGAUCUGCGCCUUCGCUCUCGGAGGGCUUUAUCUUUUAACUUCAAUCAUCGGAUUUGGAACAUCGUGUAGGAACAUGUGCAUGGUUCGGUUCUUCCUGACAACAUGUAUCUUGUCAGUGAUUGGAAGUUUAACAGCUUGCGGGUUCUUCUCCUACUCCAUCUACUUGUUCGUGUCCCCAGGGAUAAAUUUGGAACAGUGUGCAGAGUGUUUGUAUUUCUUAAUCCCUAAUUGUGUCUCGGCUUUUCUGAGUUUCAUCGGUUUCUUCACUACCCUGGCCGGGUCUAUCUACUGCUGCCAAGGCAUGUCCUCACCCGAUAACAGAAGAACCUCUCAAUUGUUAGUUGCAGUUCCCCAUCAGCCACAGGUAAUCAACUAUUAACAUAUAGGAUGGACCAAUUCAGCGGCGUAUCAAUGGGGGGCUUAGGGGCAGUUGCUCCCCCCCCCCCAAAAAAAAGGAAAUAAAUACAUGAAAUAAA